AUGAAUGCAGUUGAUUUCUUUAGUUUCACUACAGAAGCUUGGAGUGCAGCUAAUGCUGUGGCAGCUUUACUCAGCCUUACUGCGCACUGGGUAACCGAAUCCUUUGAAAGAAUGUCAGCUGUUCUAAAAGUUCUUCUGCUUAAUGAAUCCCACACUGGUCAGUAUUUAGCUACAAAGUAUGAAGAGAUGUUAGCCAGUUGGAAGAUUCCUCUGGUCAAGGUCCAUUUGGUGUUUCGAGACAACGCAGCCAACAUGAUGAAAGCAAUGCAUGACCAAGCCUCACCAUCUUUUAGAUGUUUCGCCCAUUCACUACAGCUUGUAGUAAAUCAUGGAGUCUUGGCUCACCAGGCUGUAUUGGACCUACUGGCAACAUGUAAAAAGAUUGUCGGGCAUUUUAAGCAUUUAACCACAGCAUAUAGCAAAUUACAAGAAAUGCAAGAGCAACUACAGCUACCUCUACAUCGGUUGGAACAAAAUGUAAAGACCAGAUGGAACCACUCUUUGUAUAUGCUUAUGUCGGUCUUGGAAAUGAAAAUGGCAUUGGUUGCUUAUGCAUUUGAGCACAUAUUUACAGUUCUUACUCAGUAUCCAGCUAACUUGGCUGCUAAAGUAGUAGCUGCUCUAGAGCCCAUUAAAGAAACAACUGAGGCUAUAUUAGCAGACUCCACUUCGUGGUUAUUUCAUUGGUAA